AUGGCAGCCGCACGCCUCCGAAAGACCUUCCGCUAUCCCACCGAUGACGACGACGUCGACGAGCCCGAAGAACUCGAUGAAGAGCACCAGGAGAAGUUGAUCGCAGACUUAUUGGCCGAAGACACCGCCAAGAACGAACUCUAUCGCAAAGCCUUCCUCAGCAUACCACUGCUCGCCGUGCUCGUUUUCUGCUAUACCUUCAUCAUCGCCUCCACAGCGCGCCAGCGAAUCAUCGCUCUCGGGGGAGUUUCCAGUCUCGCGUGCACGGCAUACAUUCUACACUUCCUACCUAUCAUCGAGAGGCCGGAUCGGAAGGGGAAGAAAGCUGUGUAUAAGCUUGAAGCGGAGAAGGGUCCUUUAAAGAAAUAUUUGGUGGUACUGAACAUGGGAUUGGCAGGCCUUCUGGUGUUGGCUGCUGGGCUGAGUUGGAGGCAGGGAAGAGUAGAGGAUGCGUGGAGGGAGAGUUUACCUGCUAUUAUUAUGGGGUUGACUAUGUUUGCGAGACAGCAGCUUGCGCCGCUUGACGUGGAGGAGUUGCAGAAGGCACGAUAUGAUUUGAAGGGAGCGUGA